AUGGUUGCCAAGACUCAGGCCGCUGCCGUCGCAGCCACGCCCUCCCAGCUGGUGCUCCAGCCCAUCAAGCGCAUCGAGGGUGAGGUGACCCUCCCUGGGUCUAAGUCACUCAGCAACAGAGCAUUGUUGCUGGCUGCCCUGGCCGAGGGUACCACCACCCUGGACAACAUCCUGGAUUCAGAGGACAUCCGCUACAUGGUGUCGGCGCUGCAGCAGCUGAACGUGCAGCUGGAAGUGGACUGGGACGCCAAGCAGAUCCGGGUGGAGGGCUGCGGCGGGCGGUUCAACUCAACAGGGGCCGAGCUGUUCCUGGGCAACGCCGGGACCGCUAUGCGGCCGCUGACGGCCGCACUGGCGGCGGCGGGGCGGGGCACGUUUGUGCUGGACGGGGUGCCCCGGAUGAGGGAGCGGCCCAUCCAGGACCUGGUGGAUGGCCUGCGCCAGCUGGGCGUGGACGCAGAGUGCACGCUGGGCACGAAAUGCCCGCCCGUGCGCCUGCACGCCACCGGCCUGCAGUCUGGAGAGGUGGUCCUGUCCGGCAAGGUGAGCAGCCAGUACCUGACCGCGCUGCUGAUGGCCGCGCCACUGGCGGAGGGCGAGGGCGGCAUCCACAUCCGCAUUGCCGACGAGCUGAUCAGCCAGCCGUACGUGGACAUGACCCUGCGCCUGAUGGAGCGCUUUGGCGUGACCGUGCACCGCCUGGAGGGCCUGCAGCACCUCCACAUCCCCGCCGGCCAGCGCUACGCCUCCCCCGGCACCGUGUUUGUGGAGGGCGACGCCUCCUCAGCAUCGUACUUCCUCGCGGGUGCCGCCAUCACCGGCGGGCGCCUGACGGUCCACGGCUGUGGCUCCGACAGCCUGCAGGGCGACGUGCGCUUCGCCGAGGUGCUGGGCGCCAUGGGCGCGAGCGUCGACUGGGCGCCCCACACCAUCACGAUCACCGGACCGCCGCCCGGCGGGCUGCGAGGCGUGGACGCGGGCUGCGUGGACAUUCCCGACGCGGCCAUGACGCUGGCGGUGGCGGCGCUGUUCGCGCACGGGGCCACCACCAUCCGUGAUGUGGGCAGCUGGCGGGUGAAGGAGACGGAGCGCAUGAAGGCCAUCUGCGCGGAGCUCGGCAAGCUGGGGGCAAGCGUGGAGGAGGGGGAGACCAGCUGCGUGAUCACGCCGCCGGUGGGCGGGGUUCGGGCCGCGGAGAUCGAGACCUACGACGACCACCGCAUGGCCAUGGCCUUCAGUCUGGCCGCCUGCGGAGGCCAACCCAUCACCAUCCUGGACCCUGGGUGCACCAGGAAGACCUUUCCCACCUACUUUGAUGUCCUGGAGGGUGUGACGGUCCGAUGA